AUGGGUGAGAUUAUUGAUGCCCUGGACUCUCCUGCCCUAAUGAGAGGGAGGCAGAUCAUAAGCGAACGGAUGGAAGAGCAUAGUGAUAUUCAUGCACACCCAGAGCUCGCGUUCGAGGAGUUUCAAGCCCACGAUAAUGUCGUCGACCUGCUCAUCUCGAAGGGGUUCGAAGUGACACCGCACGCUUACGGGGUCGACACAUCCUUUGAAGCCAGAUUCGGCCAAGGCAAAGGGGGACGAGUGGUCGCUUUCAACGCCGAGUACGAUGCUCUCCCUGGGAUCGGACACGCUUGUGGGCACAACCUGAUCGCCACCGCUGCCGUGGCGGCCUUUCUUUCCGUGGCGGCCGCGCUGAAGGAGCUCAAUCUGCCGGGCGAGGUGCGACUGAUCGGGUCACCGGCCGAAGAGGGAGGCGGUGGGAAGCUGCCGUUGCUCGCGGCGGGGGCGUACGACUCGCUCCAUGCCUGUCUGAUGGUGCAUCCUUUGCCCGAUCAGCCCGAGUUCGGCGGGCUGGGAUCUGCAUACUGGACCUCGUUGGCUAACCACAAACUGCGCGUGAGUUUCAGCGGGAAGGCGGCACAUGCGGCGGCAGCGCCGGACCAAGGCGUCAAUGCCCUCGAUGCCGUGGUCUUGGCCUACAACGCCCUCAGCAUGCUCCGGCAGCAGAUCAAGUCGGCCGAGAGGGUCCAUGCCGUCAUCACCAACGGAGGCACCCGGCCCAAUGUCAUCACCGACUGUGCAACACUCAGCUGCUAUGUCCGGAGCACCUCACUGGCCGAUGCGGACCGGUUGAAAGCGCGUGUGGUGAGCUGUUUCGAGGGUGCCGCCACCGCGACUGGCUGUACCGUCGAAGUUGAGCUUCUGAACACGUACGCAGAUUUGCGACCCAACAUGGAGCUGGCGUCCCUCUGGGCUUCAGAAAUGUCGGCCCUGGCGUCUCCGGUGGUCUGCGAUCGCGACGUUCACGGGGCGGGACUUGGUUCUACAGAUAUGGGCAACGUGUCUUAUGUCUGCCCCAGUCUACAUGCAGGUUUCGGCAUCCCGGCUGCUCCAGGCCAGUACAACCACACGCCGGGAUUCACGGCCGCGGCAGGCAGUGACGAAGCAUAUCGACGAACCAUUGUCACGGCCAAAGCUAUGGCCGGUGCAGGCUGGACCGUUCUCGUGGAUGACGCGGCGGCAGAGAAGGUCCGGAAGGAUUUUGAGGCCGACUUGAGGUUGAGAUCUUGA